AUGUCGCCUUGCUCGCGAGCGGCCAUAUCCAGGGCUUUAAGGCUUGAAAUAUCUCGUUAUAGACCAACUUCAUGCUAUCGUCAGUUGCCGCCUUCCAUUUAUCCUCGACUUUGCGUAGAGUCGUUUGCGCCGUACUCGCCAAGCCGGAAAAUACAAUUAUCGCAUCGCUGUUUUUCAACCUCCACCUUUCAAAGACAAGAAGCUCCUAUUGGUGAUAUAACCCAUAUCUUGCCUUUAUGCUGCCCGGGAUGUGGUGCAUAUUCGCAGACAAUAGAGGCCAAUGAGCCAGGGUACUAUGGCCAAACUCAGAAACAGACGCGAAAGCUGUUAGCAUCCAGGAAGAAAGCUGUCAAUCAGAAUAAGGCGUUGCAAUUAGCAGAGGCUACCGAUCCCGAAGCUAAUGAGUAUUCCUCAGUACUUAUGCCUACUACGGAUGCAGCUUUUCCGGAGGAAGCUCUGAACCCUCAGCAUACUUCUAUAGAUUCUAUCGAAGUCUCAGAUCCUUCAGAUCCUCUAAGCCUAACUCCUCAUAUAUGUGAUCGCUGUCAUGAUCUCAUACAUCACAAUAAGGCCGUUUCUUCGCCUAAACCAUCAAUAUUCUCCAUUCGCGACCUCCUGGACGAGUCACCGUACAAGAACAAUCGAGUAUACCACAUUUUAGAUGCUGCCGACUUUCCGAUGUCACUUGUUCCGCGCAUACACCAGGCCCUUUCUGCUCAAGAUCAACGCUCCCAUAAUCGACGCUCUGCAACUGAAAAAUACCACGCUGGAAAGAAACUGCCCACAGUCAGCUUCGUUAUCACGCGGUCAGAUCUGCUGGCAGCUACAAAGGAUCAAGUGGACUCAAAGAUGGAAUACGUUCGCUCGGUACUCCGCAAGUCUCUGGGGCAAGCAGGCAAAGCCGUUCGCCUGGGAAACGUACAUAUGAUUAGUGCACACCGAGGCUGGUGGACCAAACAGCUCAAGGAAGAAAUUCAGACACACGGUGGUGGAAUCUGGGUGGUUGGUAAAGCAAACGUUGGAAAAAGCAGCUUUAUCGAGGCCUGCUUUCCAAAAGACUCGAAGAGUCUGGAGAAUAUCGGCGAGUGGAUUCACCAGCAACGGUUGGAAAAUGAACUCCUUAAGCAACGCCAGGUAUCCCUUUUUGAUCCUAAUAGCCUGCUGCCCCCUGCUCCUCGUGAGGAUAUCUACCCUGUACUUCCAGUUGUGUCAUCGAUGCCAGGAACAACUGUCUCACCCAUCCGCAUCCCCUUUGGACGUGGAAAGGGCGAGGUAAUUGACCUACCGGGCAUGGAGCGAACAGAGCUCGAGGAUUUUGUGCGUGAUGAGCACAAGCGUGAUCUAAUCAUGACGAAAAGAAUCAAGCCUACUCGUAUCACCGUCAAGCCGGGUCAAUCGCUUCUUCUCGGUGGUGGCCUCGUGCGGAUCACUGCUGUGAACCCGGAAGAUACCAUAUUGGCAGCUUGCUUUGUACCAAUCGGAACCCACAUUACCCGAACAGACAAGGCAAUUGAGAUGCAGACUGAGGAGCGAGCCUAUCCGGGAACUUCCAUCUUGAAGGAAGGCGCCGGAAGCUCCAUAUCCUCUGCAGGAAAGUUUGACUUGAAAUGGGACAUCACAUCGUCUAACCUGCCAUCCUUGGUCGCAAAAGCCGUGAAGGACAAGGGAGUUCCAAUUCCCGCACUACCUUACCGCGUGAUGGCAGCUGAUAUUCUCAUUGAGGGUUGCGGCUGGAUUGAAGUCAGCAUCCAAAUUCGCGCUAAGCGGAGUGCCGAAGAUGACUUGCCAGCUUAUCCCCAACUUGAGGUUUUUACUCCAAACGGAAAUCAUAUAGGAUCUCGGCGGCCUAUCGGAUGCUGGGACUUUAUAGCUGAAAAGCUCAAAGCAGAUAAGCGGAAUAGGCCACGCAUGAGGUACCGCUAUAGCUGA